CAUCGCGGGAGCGCAGGACAAGGUGGGAGUCGAUUAAUCUCCCUAGCGGUAUUCCCGAGUGUAGCUCGGGGUAGAGUUUCAGUACCAAAAGCGGUAACCCUGAGCUACACUCGGGCUUACCAUGCAGCGUUGCACAGGGAUUCACUGCAGCGCCUACCUUGUCCUUCGCUCCCACGAUGUGUCCCCGGCAGCGUCCCCGGCCAUCUCCUCUGGCCGAUGCUGGCUUCCGUGUUCCGGUCCCUGUGACGUCGGGACGUACGGG